AUGUCUUCAGUCACAUUAACCAAGGAGUCUCACAAGAAUCCAUCCAAGUUCAGAAUCAAAUACCAGGAUUGUAAUGCUGUAUUGGGCCCUGAACAUACUGCUCAGAAAAACAUACGCGAUGAACUACCAACUGUCCGCACUUCAUCUGAAGUCGCCGUAAUUGGAGCCGGAUUUGGUGGUAUUGGAGCUGCCAUCAAGACCAUACAGGAUUUGAAGGUGUCCGAAGUGCAAAUUUUCGAAAGAUAUGACAAUUUCGGUGGAACUUGGUACGCAAACACCUACCCAGGUUGUGCUUCUGAUAUUCCAGCUAUUUGGUAUUCAUUCUCCUUUGCAUUGACUUCAAACUGGAGUAGAGUUCAGCCUCCACAGUACGAAAUGGAAGAGUACAUCCAAAGGGUUGCUGCGCAAUACAAGUUGAAAGAAAAGACUCGCUUUCAAACAUCAAUCGACAAGUCUGUUUACAAUGAGGAUACUGGGUUCUGGACAGUGUACGCCCAUGAUGUCAAGACAGGACAGAAAAUAGAACACACUACCAAGAUUCUCUUGUCUUGCGCCGGGGGUUUGGUAUACCCCAACCAAUUGAAUGCACCUGGCCUCGAAAACUUCAAAGGAAAGUACAUGCACUCAGCAGUUUGGGACCACUCUGUCGAUUUCAAGGGUAAGAACGUUGUUGUUGUUGGGAAUGGGUGUUCAGCCAAUCAGAUUGUUCCAGCAUUGCUUAAUGAUCCGCAAUACAGCGUCAAUUCACUUACUCAAAUUGCAAGAUCAAAACACUACAUUAUGCCACCCGUUCCAAAAAUCUUAUUGUUUGUUUACCGUUUGCUUAGUUUCAACUUUUACGGCUUGGCAUUGAUUAGAUGGCUAGUGAUUCUCAUUGCCGAAUUGCGAUUCCCCUUGUACAAGGGCAAUGGCUUAAUCUCAAAAGUUGUACGUUGGGUAAAUACAAGAGCAUCUGUCAGCUAUAUGAAGAAAUAUGCGCCUAAAAAGUACUGGGAUUUGGUGAUUCCCGACUACAAGAUUGGAUGCAAGCGUUUGAUCUUUGACUACCAGUACGUCCCCGCAUUGAACGAUCCAAGAAUAUCCCUUACAAAUGUCGGAAUCAAGAGAGUUGUUGAAGAUGGAAUCAUUUUGGAGAAUGAUGAAUUCGUGAAAGCUGACAUCAUUGUUGCUUGUACUGGUUAUGACGUUAAACAAUCGACAAAAAUUCAAUUUUCAACCACAAAGGGUUACAAUAACCAAGAAAUGUGGACAAAGGAGGGUGUUAGUGCUUAUAGAACAGUUUUGGUAAAGCAUUUGCCAAACUUGUUUGUCAUUGGAGGUCCCAAUUCGGCAACUGGGCACGCUUCCGUCGUCAUGGCACUUGAGAAUGGUAUUGAUUACUAUUUGAAAUUGGCCAAGCCUGUUGUUGAAGGUAAGGAGAAAUCUGUUGUUGUCAAACCUGAGGCAUAUGAUAAGUGGCAUAAAGAUAUUCAAGAGGAGUUGAGCAAAAGUGUUUUCGGUACCAAAUUCGGUGGUUGUGUAUCAUGGUAUAGCGACGAGAAGGAGAAUGCAACUGCAUUUGGUUGGUCGCAAUUAUAUUACUGGUACAUUACCCACUUUCCUGCUUACAAGGAUCUUGUUUACGAACACUCUGAUAAGAAAAGGGACUAA